AUGGACAACACCGCCCAGGCAGCUUCCGCGCGAGAGGUACACGAUGUCGAGAAGACCCUGGGGAUGGAGUCGCCGACGCCCAGCAACGCAGCACCUGCUUUGAAGUCGACUGAUGAUUCCAGCGAUGAUGCAGAUUCCGCCACAGACGAGAAGGGCAAGAAGAAGAAAAAGGAGAAAGAGGGCAACAUGAAGGAGUAUUUCCGCAUCUUUGCAUAUGCCGACUGGAUCGACCGCUUGCUGUUUGGCGCCUCACUUACUGGCGCCAUCAUAGUCGGCGCUGCUCUACCACUGAUGACCCUUGUGUUCGGCUCUUCGACCUCCACCUUCAAUGAUCAUGCUGUUGGCCAAACCAGCUCUUCCCAAUUCACUGGCCAGAUCAACCAUCUCGUCCUCUACUUCGUGUACAUUUUCAUUGCUGUGUUCCUGGUCAGAUAUCUUGGGACUCUAGGUGUAUGCAUUGCCGCUGUACGCACGACACGAUCGAUACGCCGGGCUUUUGUAGAAAGCACAUUGCGCCAGGAAGUCUCGCAUUUCGACAAGGAAGGCGGUGGUUCAGCUGCUACGCAGGUUACGACCAAUGGCAACCGAAUCAAUCAAGGUAUCGCUGAGAAACUCUUCUCGCUGAUUCAGGGUAUUGCUCUCUUCUUCUCGGCCUACAUUGUGGCUCUUUCGGUGCAAUGGAAGCUGGCUCUCAUCACCAUGAGUAUCGUGCCUGCCAUCAUCGCCGUUCUCGGUACCUGUAUGACAAUCAUCAUACCGAUUGAGACGAGGAUUACCAAGACAUACUCUCGAGCUGCAGUGCUGGCGCAAGAUGCUAUCAGCUCGAUCAAGACAAUACAUGCUUUCGGAGCACAACAGAAGAUUGUCAAAAAGUACGAUGGCUUCCUAGAAGAAGCCCACAAGGAAGGCAACAAGAAGUCCAUACUGUUUGGCAUCUUCUUCUCCACCCAGACUUUCUUGGUCAUGUCAGGCACUGCUCUGGCCUUUUGGGAGGGUCUCAGGAUGUAUCGAAGCGGCGAGAUACCGAACGUGGGGACAGUCUUCACUGUCGUCCUCAGCGUCACCCUAGGUGCCACCUCGACCAUGCUCAUCUUGCCGCAGAUUGAAGCCAUCACGAACGCAAGUUCUGCAGCAGCGGAGCUCUUCUCGGUUAUUGACAAGCCAUCCACGAUUGAUCCUCUUUCGACUGAAGGCAUCAAGCCAAGCUCUUGUGCAGGAGACAUCGUGAUCAAGAAUCUAGACUUCGCAUACCCAAGUCGACCAUCUGCCAAAGUGUUGCAAGGCCUGGACCUUAAUAUCCCUGCCGGUAAGACCACAGCUCUGGUUGGUCCCUCUGGCUGCGGCAAAUCAACUCUCAUUGGUUUACUUGAACGAUGGUAUACACCGACCUCUGGUGAUAUCCUCCUAGACGGAUACGAUGUAUCCGAAUAUAACACGCAGUGGCUGCGAAGCAACAUACGACUCGUACAGCAAGAACCGAUACUGUUUCAAGGGACUGUGUAUGAAAAUGUCAUCAAAGGAUUGGUCGGCGAACAGAAAAAUCUGUCCAAGGAGAAACAGAUGGAGCUGGUUAAGGAAGCGUGUAUCGCCAGCAAUGCACACGACUUCAUCGAGCAGCUCCCAGAAGGCUAUCAUACACAGGUUGGUGAACGCGCGAGUAUGCUAAGCGGAGGACAGCGACAGAGAGUGGCGAUCGCUCGAAGCAUCAUCUCUGACCCGAAGGUCUUGCUACUCGACGAAGCGACUUCCGCCCUUGAUCCUCGCGCAGAAGCUGUCGUUCAGAGCGCGCUGAACCGUGUCUCGGUCAACAAGACGACCCUUAUUAUUGCCCACAAGCUCGCGACCGUUGUCGCAGCUGACUCCAUUGCCGUGAUCACCAAUGGGAAAGUGCUUGAGCAAGGCACGCACACUGAGCUACUGGCCGCCGACGGCCUGUACGCCGCCAUGGUACGAGCCCAGGACCUUGGUGCUAGUGCUGGGGAUGAGGAGAAGAGGGAGGAAGAGGAGAAGGAGGAGGAAGAAGAUGCCAAUGGCCUUGAGCGACCACUCACUCUACAGAGGACCAAGACUGAGGCAGCACCCGAUACCAUUGAGACCGAAAUCGAUCAUCUAGCCGCUGGAACACUCCACUACUCACUGCUGAAAUGUAUCGGCAUUAUGCUGGUUGAGCACAAAGAUCUCUAUUUCUGGUACAUCGUCAUCGCCAUUGGCUCCAUCAUCGGUGGUGGCACGUACCCGGCGCAAGCCAUCAUCUUUUCUCGGCUCAUCAACGUCUUCACGCUCCAAGGCGCAGCGGCACAGAAAGCAGGCGACUUUUGGGCUCUAAUGUUUUUCGUCCUCGCGCUAGCGAAUCUGUUUGCCUACUUUGCCAUCGGCUGGGCGUGCAACAUCAUUGGCCAAGUCAUCACGCAUCGCUAUAGGCGGGAGAUGAUUGAGAGAAUUACAAACUAUGAUCAGGACUUCUUCGACCGACCUGAGAAUUCUUCUGGCGCUCUGACGGCUAACAUGUCGUCUGCACCGACUGCUCUCCAGGAACUGCUGUCCGCGAAUCUUGGCCUCAUUCUGAACGUAUGCGUCAAUAUCGUCUCCAGCAGUGCACUCGGUAUCGCAUAUGGUUGGAAGCUUGGCUUGGUUAUUGUGUUCGGCGGCAUGACAGUCCUGGUCAUUGCUGGCUACCUACGUAUUCGACUCGACCAAAAGCUUGACGCCUCAACAGAGAAGCGCUUCUCCAGCAGCGCUGGCUUGGCCACGGAAGCCGUCACCUCGAUACGCACAGUCAGCAUGCUUACACUGGAACCCGUGAUCCUGGAUGAGUACAGUGCCGCUCUCAGCGACAUCGUCAGCAGGACCGUGAAGAAUUUGACGGUGACACUGAUCCCAUACGCCCUAUCACAAUCGCUCGACUUCCUCGUCAUGGCUCUCGGAUUUUGGUACGGGUCCCGCCUGAUCGCAAGCGGCGAAUACAGUGUCGAGCAAUUCUUCGUCAUCUUUAUCGCCGUUGUCUUCGGUGGUCAAGGCUUCGCGCAGUUCUUCCAGUACACGACUUCCAUCACCAAAGCUAAAGGAGCAGCAAAUUAUAUCCUGUGGCUUCGUACAAUCAACGCCAACAUCCGCGAGACGCCCGAGAAUAGUGAACAUGGUCCCUCUGGCGAUGGCGCGAUAGCGAUAGAGGACAUCGAAUUCCGCUACAAGCAGCGUGCCGCCUCUCGCGUCCUACGCGGAGUAACAAUGACUAUCGAGCCGGGGUCCUACGCUGCUUUCGUUGGUCCAUCUGGUUGUGGUAAAAGUACCAUGAUCUCCCUUCUCGAACGGUUCUACGAUCCCACUUCCGGCCGCAUAACCCUCAACAAUGUCGAUAUCAAAGACAUGUCUCCGCACAAAUACCGCCAUUACAUGUCAUUGGUCCAACAAGAGCCACCACUCUACCUCGGCAGCGUCCGAGAUAACAUCGCUAUUGGUCUCGAUCACGAACCGACCGAGCAGGAAGUCCAGGAGGCGUGCAGACAAGCCAAUGCGCAAGAGUUCAUCUCCUCUCUGCCCGAAGGCCUGAACACUCCCUGUGGCUCGAAAGGUCUCCAGUUCAGCGGUGGUCAACGUCAACGUAUCGCCGUCGCUCGCGCGCUUAUCCGAAACCCUCGUCUGCUUUUGUUGGACGAAGCCACCUCAGCAUUGGAUACUCAGAGCGAGCGCAUAGUCCAGAAGGCCCUGGACGAAGCGGCCUCAACCAGAACAACAGUAGCAGUGGCUCAUCGUCUCAGUACGAUCAGGCACGCCGAUUGCAUCUACGUGGUGCAAGAUGGAAGGAUAGCAGAGAGUGGUACGCAUGAGGAAUUGCAGGCGAUGAGAGGGAGGUACUUUGCUAUGUGUUUGGCUCAGAGUUUGGAUCAGGCCAGGUAG